AUGAAUCAUCGUAGGCCAUGAUAGCGCACAUCAAAACAAAUCACAAAUAGCUCUGUCACAGAACACUUUCACCAUAUGGAGCUGGAACAGGAAUUUCUUCAGCUUUCGACCAAGUUCCUUUUCUUGAACUGCGGAAGUCAGAUUGCAGACUAUCGGAAUGAAAUCAACACGUUGCUAAACGAGCUCAACGGGUUAAAUUAUCGCGGCGCAAGGAUCAGUGACGUACGAUCCCCGGUUCGACUGGUUGAAUCGUUCGUCAACAUUCCAGUGCACGAGGACACUCUGGUAGUGAAAGCAUGUUUUCUCAUAAAAUCACUCGUCGGUCGACAGAAGAUUGCACUCCCGGAACCGGCAUCUCUCGCUUUGAUUGUGUGGCUCCGCAAGUGCCUUGAACGACGGUUCUAUCAGGUGGCUUGUGAUGUGCUGGGCACAUUGCAACUGCUCUUCUGUCGGUGCAGCGAUAUUACACCGCUUCUAGAUGUUUUCAUAUCAAACAAUGGAAUUCUAGUCAAUGUGCUUGCUGAUCCGGACUAUCGGAGAGUGGAACCCAGAGCCGUUUCGUCCGCUCUCCUUGAUCAAUGCAGUUCUAGUGAGCUUUAUUUAGCAGCCGUACUGUGCCUCGAAUCGAUCUUGGUUUGCUGCGAACCGCUUGGCGUAGAAGUACUCGAACCGUACCUAACAACAGUGGGCAAUGCGGUGCUGGAUUUAAUAUUUAAAACGCGUCCCGAAUCAUUCACUGAGCUCGCUUACUACAGCCUGGCAACAUCCGCAGUAAAUUGCCUUCGGAUUGUUGUCGCGUUAGAGGAGCCAAAAGAGUGGACAAACAGUCAGCUUGGUCGUCUGGUUGGUGCGGCCAAGGCCUUCAUUAUGUACGGUAUUCCAGACGUGGGAAAAUUGGUACCGCAGCGUGUUCCCGUGUCGCAGCAGGGUAUACCGGAACCGCAGCACAUACCCAUUAGCAAAGGCGGGAAGACAGCAAAAACACGUAAAACCCGGACCCAUCCUAAAAGCAAGAAAGGAACGUCGAGAAACAGUGGAGUUGGAAAUCGAGAGCAGAAAAAAACUACAGACGGAGAUAUUAACCGCCAGCCGUACUCAGAGGCAAGCAUUGUGUUGGAAUGGUCCUCCAAGUGUCAGCCACCAAUGACCGGUUGUUAUCAAACGAGCGAUUCGGAUUAUUCCGAAAGCGAAGCUUCCUCGUCCCGAGCACAAAUCGAACGACAUCGGACGGCCAAACUACGGCAAACUGCGCUGGUGCUGAUAGGGACGUUAGCACAGCACGUUGAGAAACGGAUCAUGUUUGGCUACUGGCAUGCCCUCUUUCCCGACGAAACUCGCACACCAGCCACGAUAUCCCUAUUGAACUGUGUGCUUCGCGAUCCUUCCCCAAAAUGUCGCAUAGCGGCCAUUCAGGCCACGUCGUUUCUGCUCUACAAAUCUAAACCAUUCCUUAUACAGGCCGAAAGUAGCAAAAAAACGCUCGUAUCGUUUACGCCGUUUUCUGUAACACUGGGCAACAUGGUCAUCGAAAUGUACGCCAUGCUAACGCAAGCACUCACUCUCGAAAGUGACCUUACUGUGUUGACGCAGUUGCUCAAAGGAUUAACGGUGUUCAUACAGGCUACACCGUUUCAUCGGCUUCGGGCGGGAAUUGCGAGUCGAUUCGUAAGAAUCGUGCGUCCUUUAGUACUGCACCGGGACGCAACUAUAAAAGUGGCGGCAUUGAUGGUGAUGGGCUUUUUAAUUUCCGUGCCAGAUCUGACGGAAGAAAUAGCCGGGCUGGUCGGGAUAAAGAAGCUAGCGCAGACGCCGACCGGUAAUGUGGUACGCAGCAAACCAGUUUCAAAGGCGUUUGAUCUUGAACUAAACCAGGAGGAGAAUGAAGAGGAGGAGGCGGUCGAUUCGGAACCGGAAGAAGAUGGGAACUCCAAACAUGAAAAUAGACAGGACGGCAUACCGCUCGAUUCGUCCAAUGAUUACGAAAAUGCUGGAGAAAACAGCAUAUCUUGGUUAGUUCAGGUUACGUUAGAAAAUCUAGGAGUAAACGGCGUUGCUAGUGCGGUAAUGCCGGUUCGUAUGGAAUGUCUGCAGGUAUUGUGUGCAAUGACGAGCCACUAUUCGCUGCUUGCCGACCAUCUCCCGCUGGUAGCGCAGGCUUUGAUUAACGCGUUCGGUGAUCCAUUGUCGGAGAUAAAGCUGUAUGCCGGCCGUCUGUUGGAUCUGCUCGGACAUGCCAUACACACGCAGCUACUUUUGCAAGAUAAAAUUGAUCCAGAGCAGCUUAACGUGGCACUUCACUUCUGGACCAACAUCAUCCCAACUGUCACGGAGCAGAUACAAGAUGUGCGUUUGGUUGCUACAUUACGCUCCGUGUGUUGCGAUGCCCUCGGCAAUAUUGGUGUGCACGUGUUCGAAAAGUUCCCGAGAGAUCGGCAACUGGCAUUGAUUUCUCUGCUAACCGGCUGUACCUUCGAUGACGAUAGUGCUGUUUCGUCGGCGGCAGCCCGAACCCUUUCAGUGUACAUCCUAUUUCCGUCAUUGCGCGAUGACGUAUGCUACGUGGAAAAUACGAUCGAAUCGAUUUUAAGGAUAAUGCUAGAUCCCAAUCUUACGGCACGAAUUAAAACUAGCUGGUCGCUGGGUAAUGCUACGGAUGCGCUCAUCCUAAACCAACAGCAUCAUCUGCAGCUCAAUCACCAAGCACCACCACAACAGGAAUCCACGCUUGAGCAAGGAUAUUUGAUGAUAAGCGACGAACUGCUGCGACGCACCCUUGAGGUGGCGCUCGAUUCGGCUGAGGACAAUGAUAAGGUGCGCAGCAAUGCGGUACGUACGAUCGGUAACGUGCUGCACCUUCUACGCCCGGCACAACUUGAGCAUGCUGCGUGGAGCCCUCUUUACCAGGACGCCAUUGAACGGCUAAUACAAAACGUUACCGUUUCGAGCACCGUCAACGUGAAGGUGAAAUGGAACGCAUGUUACGCGCUUGGCAAUAUGAUGAAAAAUGAAACAUUCUUCGUAGCUGGUGCUGGGGCUGGAACCUGGGAACGUCGAGUCUUUCCUACCCUAUGCGAAACCGUUGUUAAUUCGCCCAACUUUAAGGUACGCAUUAAUGCAGCCCAGGCUUUAACGAUCGUUGGACGGCGGGAGCACUAUGGCGAAUUUUUCCAGCAGAUUUGGCUCGCUCUUUUGCAAGCUCUCGAACAGUCGGAUAAUUUGGUUGACUACAACGAGUACAAGCGGAGGGAUUCGCUGCAGGAACAACUGUGUUUAUCACUGGCGCAUCUGUUACGCUUUGCAGUGAAAGAAGAUGUAGUGCCGAUGGCAAGCGUUCUGCUGCCACUUUAUGACGCCGUUCGAGGGAAUUGGGUUCGUGUGAUAAAUCGCAUUCUGCCGGAAAAAAGUGCAGCACUGCUCGAGGCGUAUCGUGUGUUGCUGGAAUUGCGUAAGAUCAGCAAAGGUGAAGGUGAGUCGAUACCGGCAUCAUCCUGGAACCUGCUUCUUAAAUGUUUUACAGACUCCGAUGUUUGUUGA